GCUGUGGUGGCAACAUCUUCUCUGUUAAGGCCAAAGAGGGGGUGGUGGGGUAUAGAUGUCCCCAUUCUUUUAUCAGCACGAGAAAAUCCACACCUUUCUUUAUCAGCCAUAGCAUUCUUAAAUUCCCGCUUCUUAUUGAAUUCCUGUCUCUUUCUUUACUCUUAAGAGGGAAACUGUGUGUAUCCUCUGUGUGUGUACAUCAAAUAGAGUUAUGUCUACAGAAGAAGAAAAAGUGAGUUUAGAGAGAGAAAAUGUAGUAGAGAAAGAGAGUGAAGAAUUAGUAGAAGGUAGAAAGUGUGUAAAAGGGGGAGGAGUUAAAGCCGGCGUUGUGGUGGUAAUGGACACUCCAGAGAGGAAAAAGAACCAGAUCGCAACACCUAUUUCCAAAUUUGAGGAGUCCCCCGUUUUUAAUUUCCUUAACAACCUUUCCCCCAUCAAACUAGAUAAGUCCGCACACUUUACUCAGACGCUCAAUUCCCUUAGUUUUGCAUCUAUACCGUCUGUGUUCACCUCACCUCAUGUCAGCUCCAUAAGGGAAUCUAGAUUCCUAAGAAGGCACCUGCUCUCAGAUCCAUCAAAACCGGAGUUUGCUUCUGAUAAUGGUGUUAAAGUUGAUACUGAUGAGGGUAUGUUAGAUACUGUAAAUAACUCAAUUGAGCCCAAGGAAAGUUUUGGUUGUGGGAUUUCUGGGGGUGAAGCACCGGCUUCACCAUCCCAUGAAUGCUCAAAGCUUGCAGUUGAGCUUGCAAGAAGUCUAAAUUAUGAGUGCAGCAGUCCCAGUACUUUACCGACUGGGGGCAUAAGAGGUAAGAGUUUGUCAGAAUUUGCUGGUACUUCUGUGACAUAUGUCCCUUUGGUACAAGAGAUAUCUGGAAAAGGUUUGCUGAGAUGUGAGGUUAAUAUGGACGGGACAAAUGAAAUUGUUCAAGAUAAAGAAGAAGCUUCAGGAUGUGAUUGGGAGAGUUUGAUUACUGAUGCUACCGAUCUACUAAUCUUUGACUCACCUGGUGACCCUGAGGCUUUCACGAAAGCAUCAGGUCCUAAUUUUAGGACUUUUGAAUAUGUCUCAAAUGAAAUGCAGAAUGUGCAACAUUUUAGUCAGGUUAGUACCAGUGAAUGUGGUGGAGAUGGAAGUGAAACAGAGAAACCAUCUACUCAACCCGGGGAGGAAAGUCAACUCAAGGAAUAUGCUGACGCUGAAAACACGAAACCUGAUGCUUCUCUAACCAAUGACAGCAUGUGUGUCGGUCAAAGUGAAAAAAAUGAUAAUGAGAUGGUCUCUGCUUUAUACCGUGGAAUGAGAAGACGCUGUCUAGUGUUCGAGAUGGUGGGACCUCGAAGAAAGCAUAUAGAUGAAGGUUCUGGUUCUUCUGCUGCACAAGAAGCUGAUGGGAACGUUGCCUCCAACGAUAAGCAACUAGUACCUUCUAAGACUGUAAAUGAAUAUCCACGAUGCACUUUACCUGGAAUUGGCUUGCAUUUGAAUUCCCUUACAGCAUCCUCAAAAGAUGGCAAAGUUGUCAAGCAAGAAGCUAAUGCUUCCGGCAAACAGCUUGUAAUAGCAUCUGGCUCAUCUAUCAAUCUUCAUUCUUUGGUUACUGGUCAAGAAUCUCUGGUUAAAUCUCUGCCUGAAACCUCUAGAGGAGGAGAAAUUGUUCCUUUUGAGAAUAGUUUACCCCUUAUGGAGGAUGUUCUCCAGGCACCUGGAUAUGUAAAUAGUGAAGAGCCUAACCAGACUAGUCCGAAGAAAAAGAGGCGUCGAUUGGAAACUGGAGAAAGUGAAUCAUGCAAGCGCUGUAACUGUAAAAAAUCAAAAUGCUUGAAACUUUACUGUGAAUGUUUUGCUGCUGGAGUCUACUGUGUGGAGCCAUGUGCAUGUCAAGACUGCUUCAACAAGCCUAUUCAUGAAGAUACUGUCCUUGCAACUCGCAAACAGAUCGAAUCACGAAACCCUCUUGCUUUUGCUCCUAAAGUGAUAAGGACCACCGACUCUCUUUCUGAAACAACAGGGGAUGAUUCCAGCAAGACUCCUGCCUCAGCUCGUCACAAGAGAGGAUGCAACUGCAAGAAAUCUGGCUGCCUGAAGAAAUAUUGUGAAUGCUAUCAGGUCCAA